AUGAAUUCAUUUCUUUUGAACAGAGCCCAAGGCUCUAUCAAACCUUUAGAUUUUCAUGUCGCCCAGACCUCUCGCUUGGUCCGGCUUCUUGAACCAUCACCAAGAAUCCGGUUUACCUGCGAGGCUACCACAGAUGGCAGCAAUAGUGAGGAACACGCCUUGAAUGGUGGGGUUAGUGGUGAAAUCGUUGCUCAUAAAGCUGGAGUAAAUGCACUUGCCAUUGAUCGAUACGGUGGACGAUAUAUGGUGUCCGGUGGUGCCGAUCCAUCCAUUCGUCUGUGGGAUCUUGAAAGCCGAGGCUCAGAGCUUGGUCAUCUCUACAAUCCAGUUGCAGUUGUCGACCGAGCAACGCACGAAUCGGCUCACACCCAUGCAAUAACGUCGAUAUCCAUCUAUCCAUUCGAUCCCACUCCAGCAACAGUUUUGACAACGUCUCGUGACAAUACCCUUAAGCUUUCAGCUCUUACACCGGGAGAUAUUAUACCUGCGCACACGUUUAACUUACACACCACGCCUUAUUCUCAUUCGUUUUCGUCGCAUCCAGCCUCGUUGCUGCUUAUUGCAGUCGGCACUUCGGAAAGAUCAAUUCGUCUUCUUGACUUGCGCAGCGGGUUAGCAACCCAUACACUUCCGGGACAUGAUGCAGCUGUUUUAUCCGUGGCUUGGGCACCACACAAGCCUCACAUCCUUGCGUCUUCAUCUGCAGAUAAUCGGGUAUUAGUUUUUGAUGUUCGCCGAGCCGGUGCGAACUCCGCUAUUUCGGCCUUGGACAUGGACGAUACGACGGGUGUUGUUUUAAACAUUGAUAAAAACCAAUCUAGUACCAGGCAGCAUACCUCCUCUCGUCACGGACGUGCUCAUAAUGGUGCUGUGACUGGGGUGAGAUGGACUUCAAAUGGUAGUCAUAUAAUUACUGCGGGUCAAGAUUCGCGAAUACGGGUGUGGGAUGCGACUACAGGGGCUAAUACACUUGUUCAUUUCGGGCCUCGACUUCGAAAUAGCAUGUCUUCCCACCUUGCCGAACGCGCGCCGCUUGUCUUGCCAGAUACUAUUUUACAAAGCGGUCAAGAGACUCUACUAUGGCCUAAUUUCAAUGAUCAGGAUGAUCGUGGCGAAAUACUUAUGUUUGAAAUUCGAGAAGGUACCUUUGUGAAGCAAUUGAAAGUUCCAGGCAUUAUGUCAGCUACACGUCGUCAACAGAUUGGCAAAUCUAGUGCCCUCAGCGCUGGGAGGAUCAAUGCACUAGCUUGGAGGGGGAACGGGCGAUCAGGGGAGGGCCUCGAACUCUUCUCUGCUCACGGCGAUGGUACCAUCUGGACCUGGGCGUCCCGGGUCCCCGGGGGCGAGCCAGACCAGGAGGAAAGCAACGAACUAGAGGAGAGAAAACGCAAGCGAGACGUUCUCGAAGAAAUUUACCAAGGUCUCACAGGACCCCCUCUAAGUUUCACCUAG